UAAAAGUCUAAACCCCAGGCGGAGGCUACUAGCGGUAUACUACUGCUGGUCUGACCAAUCGGAGCACGAGAGCUGCGCGGGUGUCCGAAGCGGAUCGCCGGACCCCCGCCGCGCCGGACCGGUGAGAUCCAGCCCCCGCCGGCCGAUCCCAUGGCCCCCGCGGCGGCGCGGGUCCUCGUCCUCGUCCUCGCCCUCGCCGCCGCCUCCUCCCUCGCGGGGCGCGCGGACGCCCUCCGGUCGCUCGGCGUCGGCGACGGGGCGGAGGCCGCCGCGCAGGGGGACUACGCCGUGGACCUCAACGCCACCAGCUUCGACGCCUUCCUCACGGCCUCGCGGGAGCAGUUCGCCGUCGUCGAGUUCUUCGCCCACUGGUGUCCAGCUUGCAGAAACUACAAGCCUCAUUAUGAGAAGGUUGCGAAACUUUUCAAUGGUCCAGAUGCUGCGCAUCCUGGCAGAAUACUGAUGGCUAGGGUUGAUUGCGCAUCAAAGGUGAAUGUAGAUCUUUGCAGUAGAUUUUCUGUUGACCAUUAUCCUUUCCUACUUUGGGGCCCCCCACCAAAAUUUGCUAACACUAAGUGGGACCGGAAGCAAGAGAAAAGCGAAAUAAAAUUGAUUGAUGAUGGAAGAACAGCAGAGCGCUUACUUAAGUGGAUAAAUAAGCAACUGGAAAGCUCGUUCACUUUGGAUGACAGAAAAUAUGAGAAUGAAAAUAUGCUUCCAAACAAUGCUUCAGAUCCUAAACGGGUUGUUCAAGCAAUUUACGAUGUUGAGGAAGCAACAGCUCAUGCGUUACAGAUAAUUUUGGACAACAAGAUGAUCAAGCCAGACACUCGUGACUCUCUUAUAAGGUUUUUACAAAUUUUGGUGGCUCAUCAUCCAUCCAAGAGGUGUCGAAGAGGAUCUGCUGAUCUACUUAUUAACUUUGAUGAUCACUGGCCUUCGAACCUCUCUUUAAGUUCACAAGACAGUUCUAAAUUGUUGGAAAGUGUUGCAGCAGAUAACCACAAGAUCUGUGGAAAGGAGGUGCCUCGCGGUUACUGGAUCUUCUGCCGUGGAAGUAAAAGUGAAACAAGAGGAUUUAGCUGUGGUCUAUGGGUUUUGCUGCAUUCACUUACUGUCCAAAUUGGGGAUGGUGAAAGCCAAUCAACCUUUACGUCAAUAUGUGAUUUCAUACACAAUUUCUUCAUCUGUGAGGAAUGCCGCAAACACUUCUAUGAUAUGUGUUCAAGUGUGUCAGUUCCCUUCAAGUCAGCCCGUGAUCUCAGCCUCUGGCUAUGGAGCACGCAUAACAAAGUUAAUGAGAGGUUGAUGAAAGAAGAAAAGGAUAUGGGAACUGGCGAUCCAUCAUUCCCUAAGGCUAUCUGGCCUCCAAAGGCACUCUGCCCAUCUUGCUAUCGUUCUUCAAGCAGGACAAGUGACGGGACCUUGCAGGUUGACUGGAAUGAGGACGAAGUAUUUCCAUUCUUGGUUAACUACUAUGGGAAGACGCUCGUAUCAUCCUAUAAAGAAACCUACAUGGAGUCUCUUCAAGGGAGGACGCAAGUAGGGGCGGCACUUGCUGACGAUGCCUCCUCACAUGCUGCAAGAGUCCCAAUUGGAGCUGCCCUGGGUGUUGCAGCUGCCAGCUGUACAUUUGGGGCACUAGCUUGCUUCUGGAGAACUCAGCAGAAGAACAGAAAGUACUCGUACCGUUUACACUCUUUAAAGAAAAUAUGAUUAGACAAUUUUAGGUUGGUAGGAUAUCAUUCUUGCCGUGUGCGUUUACGGAAUUCAAAUCAUAGAGAAGUGAUUAGGUUCUACUUGUCGAUUUUACAGGCAAAGAAAGAACUGGAACUGAAAAACAGCCCACCAGUUGCUCACUGUGCACUUCAUCAGAGGUGGCCUCCGUGAAUGUAUAUUUCUUGGAUGGGUUAAAAAUCUUGGUAAGUAGCUCACAGAGAGUGCACAGAAUCCAAUGUUGGAGCUGUCAUUUACAGAUGAAAUACUUACAGAAGCAUGAUGACCUAACCUGCACCUUGUUAUAGGCUCAAAUGUAGUUCUGUUUUUACCAUAUAGUUGUGAUCUGAUUGCUGGACAUGGAUGAGCUGUUGCUGCCCAUUUGAUCCGUAAAAUUUUGAACUCAAUGUUAAUCCUGAAGUAUUGCGACUUUUAUCGGAUA